UCGAGCCACCGCAGCGCAGCAACAGCUUCCAAACCGCCGCCGAGCUCCAACUGAGCAGAGGUCCCGCAGACUGACAAACUGCAGCGUCUCUACGAGCGACGGCAACAGCAGCCAUGGAGGAGCAGGCGCGUUUCUUCCUCUGGGCGCAACUUCUCACAGCUUGUCUGGUGUUCGGGGUGAACGGUGACCUUUGUCCGGAGAACGUUUGUGACAAUGGAGGAACCUGUGUGACUGGCACAGGGGAUCCAUUCAUUUGCAUCUGCCCCGAUGGCUUCUCUGGAGAAACCUGCAAUGAGACAGAGACAGGGCCAUGCAGCCCCAACCCCUGUAAGAACGAUGGCGUCUGUGAGGCGACAGGCCAGUCCCGCCGAGGUGACGUCUUCACCGAGUAUGUCUGCAAAUGUCAGCCCGGCUUUGAAGGCGUUCACUGCCAGACCAGUGUCCAGGGAGCAAAUUUAAAUUCUGCAAAAGAUGUAAACGACUGUGCUAACCAGCCCUGUGAGAACGGCGGCACCUGCAGGGACUUGGAUGGAGAUUUCAAAUGCCACUGCCCCUCUCCAUAUGUGGGCAAACAUUGCCAACUGCGCUGUAUUUCUCUCCUGGGAAUGGAGGGAGGGGGCAUCGCCGAGUCCCAGAUCUCAGCCUCAUCAGUCCGCUACACCAUGCUGGGCCUGCAGCGAUGGGGCCCGGAGCUUGCCCGUCUCCACAAUACAGGACUGGUCAACGCAUGGAGCGCAGCGGCUCAUGACAAGAAUCCAUGGAUAGAGAUCAACAUGCAGAGAAAGAUGCGCUUCACAGGCAUGGUGAUGCAGGGUGCCAGUCGCAUUGGCACAGCAGAAUUCAUUAAGGCCUUCAAAGUGGCUUCCAGUCUGGAUGGCAAGACGUACACCAUGUACAGGACUGGAGGGCAGAGAACGGACCAGCUCUUUGUGGGGAACGUGGACAAUGACAGCCCUAAGACCAACCUGUUUGACCCGCCGAUCAUCGCACAGUACAUCCGCAUCAUUCCUGUUGUGUGUCGCAAGGCCUGCACCAUGCGCAUGGAGCUGGUGGGCUGUGAACUCAACGUGUAUUCAAACACUCCAGGUUGUUCAGAGCCCAUGGGCGUGAAGUCUCGGCUGGUGUCGGACCGUCAGAUCACCGCCUCCAGCACCUUCCGCACCUGGGGCAUCGACGCAUUCACGUGGCUGCCACACUACGCCCGCCUGGACAAGCAGGGCAAGACCAACGCUUGGAUUCCCGCCACCAACAGCCGGUCCGAAUGGCUGCAGGUGGACCUGUUGUCUCCCAAGAAGAUAACGGGAAUCGUCACUCAGGGGGCAAAAGACUUUGGCUCUAUCCAGUUUGUGUCGUCGUUCAAAGUAGCCCACAGUAAUGACGGAAGGUCCUGGACUAUACUGAAGGAUGCGACCACGGGCACAGACAAGAUCUUUCCUGGUAACAGCGACAACAACGUUCACAAGAAGAACAUCUUUGAGCCUCCGUUCUACAGCCGCUACGUCCGCGUCCUGCCUUGGGAAUGGCACGAGCGCAUCACCCUCCGAAUGGAGCUUCUGGGCUGUGAUGAGUAGCGCGGUCCUGAGCCCGCCUCCCUCUCCCUUUCCCCCUCUGAUCCCUUAUGUCUCUCCUCCUGAGCCAUACCUGCACUGCCUCGCUCUUAACCCUAGAGGGCAGCAAACGAUAGCGUAGCAUACCACCAAAACCCUGGCUGGUCAGAGGUGGGAGUUGUUGCCCCCCCCCCCCCCAACCACUGUGAGCAGGACCUUGAUUCAGCUUUACCUGUGCUUUUUAUUUUCUCUUCUGUCUUGAAUCAAAUCUGGGAUCUCGUCAAACGGGGCAGGGGCAGGUUUUAUCCCACAUGUUUGAUUAAAUAAAAGUGGCAAUUCCUUCUUCCUUGUGUCAGAAGUCAGGGGUAACAGAACUGCUGGUGUAUCAGUUGGUGCUGCUUGAACUCUGAUCCUAGAUCAGCUCUACCUGGAACGGUGAACCUCGUAGACCCACCGCUGGUGAUGUACAUAACCCACCACCAAACAGCGUCCACACAUCCUCCUUUCCAACGCUUAACCUCCCUUCAGCUCACAUUCUCGGAUUGUAGAUUCUCUUUCAACGACGCAUUGAGAUAUAUGGUUGUUGUUGCUUUUUGUAUUCUCAAAAAAUAUAAUUUUAAGUAUUUUAGCAAGAAACAUUAGCAGUCUUGUAAAGAUGUUUGCUGUGAUUCCAUUGAGCAAAUUGUUAAUAAAAGUUUUUUAUAUUGGUGAAGAAAUGAGUAAAGAUAAUAUAUCAAUCAUCUCAAUGUGUCUCACAAUGUGUGCUUUAGCAUUCUUUACAUUUCUCUGCUGUGAUUAAGACAGUAAAACCCACCUAAGUCCCUCCUCUAUCUUCCUUUAGACACUUUUUAUUGGGUUUGACGUCCAGGGAGUAAACUCAGCAUUUAUAAACCCUCAGGAAGUGUAGGGAAAAUUAAUUAAUCUCUGGAAGUACUAGUAAAAUCCGGCUGCUGAAGUCAGUCAUCACUUGGUAGUUAUUUUUUUUUUUUUUUGUUGUUUUGUUUUUUUCCCUCAAGAUUCUGUAUUUAUGGGUUUAGUCACAGAAGAGUUGGUAAAACCUAAAGUGGUGUUGACCCUCGUAACAAAGGAGGAAUGUUAAGCCCUGGUCAUUGUUGGCCAUGGCUGAUUACUAAAGCAUCACAUUCAGUCAGUUUAGCAGGCUUCCAGAGACACAAACGAAUCCCCCAUUGAUCACAAAUCUGCUGUAAACACGGGGGAUGAUGGUUGCAUAUCCAGAAACUAGUGAAAUACACUGAUUCAAACUAAUUUUAUAUAGGACAAGCUUUAAAUGAGGGAUGCACCAGUCUGGCUUUUUCUGGCCUAAAUCAUGCUCCACGUUUGAGCUCUAACCUGCUAAUUUCCAUUUGAGAAAUAUGACAAUUUUUUUUUCUUUUUUUUUUUUGUCUAAAUGAGGAAAAUAUUCUGUAAUCUUCAUGUUAAUAAACAGAAUAUUUCAGCAAUUGAAGCAUCAUUUCCCUCCCUGGUUGGGUCUUGCAGAACACCGUUUAGGUACUGUUUUAUUCUAAAUUUCCUGGAAUGGCACUAGCUAUGUGGGUUUAUUGUCAAUUUCUCUCCAAACAAUAGUAUUACAUUCAGAGACUAACAGUGCAAAGACUUGCUAGUGGAAAAACGACUGGCUGUAACUUCAGGUCAAAGCCGCUUUGCUCUCUGUGUUGCUUUAACUCGCGUUACUGGUUUUGGGUCGUUCACUCAGUUUCACUUUUUAUGGCACUUUGUUCAUGUUUUAAUAUUUUGUAUUGUUGAAAUUGUUAAACUAUCAAACCUUUUGUAUCGUGUUUAAAAUGUGGACAGUAAAUUGGCCCAAGUUUAGAAAGACAGAGAGGCCUUUACAUUGGAUGUUGAUAUUUGAUAUAUGUAAUAAAAUAUAAUAGUACUAUUUUUAUUUAGUUUGCCAGCAUUGGUGGAUGUUGAUGUUUGCUGCCUAUGAUUUGCUUUUUUUAUUAUUUUAUUUUGGGUCCAGUAUUCUUUCAGGUCUGCAGACCUGCUUAGAAGACAUAAAAGAAACCAAAUUAGGGCAGAUUUCUACGCUUUCACUGGACCUGACACAACCUGCCAGAUGAUCAGCAUCCGCCGCCCCCCUCACCGCAUUCAAACUCUUUUCAUCCCAUGAAUUAUGAAUUUUGGGCGCGUGCAAUAUUAUACAGUGUUGUUUCUGAUAACAAUGAAUAUAAAUUCAAGAUGUUUAAAAAUGCAUGAGGGGACGGCCGUGUGCGCUGAGAUGCUGAUGUCAGACACUAUAAUAUUUAUUACAGCCACCCUGUUCACGUCUGCAGGCGUUUUAUUGACGAUGGCCACAUGAUUUAAUUUUAUCUGCGCUAAGGUCACUGAUAGUUUAAUCUUUUUUUUUUUUCUAUAAGCGAUCAGUAAAAAGUCAAUGUUGCUGUGUUUAUAAAGUUUUCUACAUUUAUUUGAGUUUUGAGUGGAUUUGAUGUUCCUCUUUAUUCCAGUGUUCACAAAAAGACCAUUUUGUUUGACCUUUUGUAUAUCCUUCUAAAGUUUAAUUAAAGAAUUUAAAAACA